AUUGUGUUACUCAGUCCCUCGGACUGGAAAGGAUCUGCGCCGGCUGGGCCUUGUCGAGCGCACAAGGCACCGACGGCCGUCUGCGCGGCCGCGGUCCUCGACGCGAAGGUAGGCAAAACGUAUGAGGAACAUGCGACGGCGCUGGGUACAUAUAAUGCACCCGUGCUGUGCGGGAGGGCUGUUUCUUCUUCACCUUCCGCUCGUUGUAACUCAUGAUUUCGCGCUUAUUUAUCUCCCUCGCCAUCGCGCGCGUCGCUUUUGCUUAUACCUGGCCUUCGCCAAAGCUCGACAGGUUGGAGGCUAUGCGAUGGGACCAGCUGGGGUAUAACUCGUUCGAGCCUGCUCUGUUCGUGACCCCCUGCGAUCGGUACAUCCACCCGACGGAGAAGGGGUACGAGGGCGUGCGCUCGAAUGCCGGAGACUGGAUACGCACGGCAUACCAUGACAUGGCCACACAUAACAAAGAUGACGGUACGGGUGGUAUGGACGCCUCCAUUCGUCUUUGGGAGGAGCAAGCUCGGGCGGAGAACCCUGGCACGCACUUUAACAACAGUGUCGUGUUCGUUGCGGGUGCUGUUGACCGUCAUUUUUCCCUGGCGGACGGCCUUGCUCUGUUGCUCGUGAUGGCCGUCGAGAACUGCGGCGGACCCGAGAUCGACUACCGCGGUGGCCGCAUCGAUGCCACCGAGCCCAACAACGCGGGCGUCCCCGAGCCCGACCAGGACCUCGACAGUCAUGAAGCGGCCUUCGCCCGUCAGGGAUUUACAUCCGAGGAGAUGAUUGGUCUCGUCGCGUGCGGGCACUCGAUUGGGAGUGUGCAGCACGCCGACUUCCCCGACCAGGUUCCGGAGUCGCCCAAUGGGACGGACUACAUUUCGGGUGUAUCCUUCGAUGGGUCGCUGGUUAACUUUGACAACACGAUAGCCACAGAGUACAUCGAGGGCACGACACAGAACCCACUUGUCGUCGGUCUGAACGAGACGAAGAAUUCGGAUGCAAGGAUAUUCAGCCUUGACGGAAACCAGACGAUGUCUGCCUUCGCGAAGGAUGCCGACCACUUUGCUUCUACAUGCGCAUCCCUGCUUGCUCGCAUGAUCGAUACUGUCCCUAAGGGUGUGGAGCUCACCGAAGUCAUCAAGCCCUUGCCGGUAAAGCCCUCCCAACUCAAGCUUACCUAUUCCAAGAGCGGCAACAUUACCCUCUCCGGUGAAGUCAGGCUUUUUGACGUCUCCGAGAACGACGCGCGUGUCGUCCAGCUCGCAUGGACCGACUCCACCUGCACGGGCGACGACUGCGAGGUGCACCGCGUCAAAAUGGCGCACACCGCGAACAUGACCGGCUCCGCGCAGGCCAAGCGCUACACCACGCUCUGGUACGGGAACACGGCCGGCCUCGCCGACAUCGACCCCGCGAAGGGCUUCGGCGGCUUCUGGUUCGAGGUCGACGAGGGCGACGGCAACGCGGUAAAGAAGGCCCAGGACGGCGCGGGCUUCGCGCUCCCGACGGACAAGAUCAUGCUUGCGGAGGGGACGUGCGAGAAGACGAUCAAUGUCGCGGUCCACGAGAGCGUCAAGCCGAGCCGCGUGUACAUCGCAGGCGACGCGUUCACAAGCGACAAUCAGGCGCAGGCCCCUGCGAACGAAUUCGACAUGAAGGCCGCGGGCGACGCCGAUGCCAACGGUUAUGUUAUCUACACCGUCGAGCUUGACGCCAUGCCGUCAUUCGGCUGGGGUAUCCUCGCCGAGGUCGACGGCAAGACAAUCGAGCUGCCGCAGAACGAGCGCAGCGACUUCUGCUCGUGAUCUACAGUUUUAGGGGCGAUUUCGCCUUCGGAAGGGUGCAAGAAAUGGAAGUGGGCAUAGCGAAAGCAAGGGUACUUCACGGGGAUAAACUCAAUAAUUUAUUGGUAAACAUAUGGUUCAAGCACA